AUGAGUGCCAACAACGUUAACAACAUGAAGAAUAUUAACAACAACAACAAAAACAACAAGACGAAAAGUGUCGUGAAGCUUCUCUUGGGGUUGAUUUGGAUGGCCGCCAACCUCCAAGUCACAGACGCCAAACCCAAGACUGGCAAUUCCGACUACAUGCCUGAAAUCGUCCAGCCCUUUGAUGCCAACCACCGUGCCUUAAUGGAAAUGCCCCCCGGUCAUAUCUGCAUCGAAGGAAACAACAAGCACAAGCAUAAUAUCAGGAGCAAUGAUAAGCGGCAGUGCCACUCCCUCCUGGCGGGGUACGGCCGCGACAUGGACACGGGGAGUGUCUGUGUCGAACUCGUGAGCGAUCCACCGCAGUUGAAGGUCACCUUUGAGACGACUGGAGACUGGGCGUUGGUUCGCAGUAAGUUCUGGGCCGGAAAGUCCAUUGACAGCGUCCCGACCUUUAUGGAUACCAAGGAGAUCGACCUCGAAGAAUUUGACUACUUCUACUCGAACUACACUGGUUACAAGCGAUGGGUCGCGACGGCAGCGUUGGAACAACGUUGCGGCGCUAAUGGAGACGGCAAGAACAGCAAGAACGAUCAAGAUGAUGAUGGCGACGACGAAGACCACUUUCAUGUGUCCAUGGUGGCUCACGCCGAAGUGGAACAAGUCGAUGCCUAUGCUCAUCUUAUCCCAGGAACGCAGCAGGUUGCCUAUGCCUACGACAAGACCGUCGACAGCGAGGACGAGUGGUACGGUUGGUUCGAGUUCAAGGUGAACUGCAAGUGCGAGGACACAACCAGCCAGCCAGAAGAAGAAGAAGAGAAAGCCAAGGAGUGUCCCGAACCGCACCAUUUGGUCGUCCAGACUGCCCCCGAGCGUGAAUGCCACACCAUUGUGGCUGGAGCCGGGGAAAUCAGUAUGGCCGCUGGAACAGUGUGCGUCAAGAUCGUCGACGAGAACGAUUUGGAUGUUACUUUCGAGGCUGCCAAAGGUUGGGCGUUGAUCCGGAAUGAACUCUGGGUCGGUGAAAACGGCGAAGGAAUUGCCGACGUACCCAUGCUGGCCUCCGGGUCAUCUGUGGACACGGCCAAGUUCGAUCACUUUGCCAAUGACUGGGCAGGCGAACGCUCAGUGAACUUCAAGACCAGCCUCACCGUUGACUGCCAUGCCGAACAAGAAUAUCGUAUCACCGUGGUUGCCCAUUCUACUGUUCAGCAGGUUGAUGAGUUUGGAAUGGUGAUCCCCGGAACGGAACAAGAUGUUUUUGCGUUUGAAUGGUCCCGUGGCAGUGCCAAGGACCAUACCUGGUACGGAUGGGUUGACUUUGUUGUCGAGUGCAUUUGCGCUGGGCAACCAACUCGUGCACCCACCACCAUUGCACCCUCCAAGGCUCCCACAUCCAAGCCAACAAACGAAGAGAUUCCCAUUGUCAGUGUCAAGGAAGGAGAAUCCAUUGAAGGCCCAAUUGAACCCAAGGAUGGCGAACGUUGUGGUUGUGGAGCGCCAGAGCCCACGCCUUGUCCUUGCAAGAAGGAAACUCCUUGUCCCUGCAAGAAGGAAACACCCUGUCCUUGCAAGAAGGAAACGCCCUGUCCUUGCAAGACUGAAUCUCCUAAUUCUGCGAAGAAGUGGAAUGGAUCAAUUGCACAAGAUUCAGGGUUCACUAAAUUCCUUGGACGGCUUGGUAGAGGGACGAAUGAAGUGUCAAAGACAUUCACAAUCAGGCAAAGUGGACCUCCUGAGAAUGAAGAUGCAUACAAGGCGACUUUUGGAUUCUCAGUGUAUCAAAUCGACAGCUGGACUGCAUCGUCAGACAAGUUUCUUGUGAAGAUCAAUGAUGAGGUUUCAAUCAACAUUGGUGAAAUGGACUCCAACAGUGACAGCAAGACUCUGAAUGGCGAUGUGUCAGGUAUCAUGUGGGAACGCACUACCUCAACGCAAGGCAUCAACAUUGGGUUUGGUGAUGAAAAGGACAAAAAGCACUAUGUGAAGCUUCAGAUCCCCAAGAAUCACAUCAAGAAUGGAAAUACCAUCAAGGUAACCUUCAUUAUUGAAACAGAUAAGGAAAUCUCAGAAGGAAGCGCUGGUGUUGACAACUAUGAAUUUAUUGCCUACUACCAUUGUGGCACUCCUGGACCAACUCCCUCUCCAACCACAACGCCCCCCUCCCCUGACACAACCCCAGCACCCACCCCAGGUGCACCAACGUCCAUCCCAAGUGGUGUCCCAAGCAGGACACCAACAUCAGUUCCAUCACCACAACCCACCUUAUCACCAACACAAUUGUAUUGUCAACCUGUAGUGGAGACAGUCAACCAGGAUUUUGAAGGUGAAAAGGGGAAGAAGCAAGCAGAGAAAUGGAGUGAUGGAGAUACUAAAGGUUCAACAGCCUUUGAUAAUGGGUUCACCACCUUCCUCGGGAAACUAGGACGAGGCAAUGACAAGAUGUACCUCGAAACUGACAUUGUCCCCAAGGCUAUCAAUGGCGAAGGCGCCAAGUUUGAAGCGUACCAGACAACCGUGGAGUUUUCUUUGUACCAGAUUGACAAAUGGGAGAAUUCUGAUGACACAAUCAUCAUUGAUGUUGAUGGUACAGAUGUGGACCUCCAAGUGAUGAAAGCUCCGACUGACCUCAACAAAUUGAGUGGCAAGACCACCAACGGAAUCACCUGGACCCGUCAGACCAUUCAAGAGAACAGGAACAUUGGCUUCUUGACUGACGAUGACAAGAAGUACUCUGUGAAGAUUGUCAUUCCAGGAAGUCUCACCACCACCGACCACAAGAUCAAGAUUGGAUUCAAGGUUUCUACCUCCAAGGAUAUCCAAGAACAAGGUGCUGGCGUGGAUGAUUACAAAGUCAAGGCCUACUACACAUGUGCACCCACUCCUGUGCCAACUACACCUCCAACCAUUGUUCCCUCUAUUGCUCCAUCUCCCCAAAUCACAUCACCACCAACACAAUUGAACUGUCAACCUGUGAUAGAAAACGUCAACCAAAGCUUUGAGGGUGACAGUGGAAACAACCAAGCUGAGAAGUGGAGCUUUGGAGAUAAGAAAGGUUCCACUGCUGAAAGUGGCGGGUUCUCUAAGUUCCUGGGGAAGCUAGGUCAAGGCAAUGACAAGAUGUACCUCGAAACUGAUAUUGUCCCCAAGGCAAUUGGUGGUAAAGGCCCUGAGUUUGAAGCGUACCAAACAACAGUGGAGUUUUCUUUGUACCAGAUUGACAAGUGGGAGAAUUCUGAUGACACAAUCAUUGUUGAUGUUGAUGGCACAGAUGUGGACCUCCAAGUGAUGAAAGCUCCAACUAACCUCAACAAAUUGAGUGGCAAGACCACCAACGGAAUCACCUGGACCCGUCAGACCAUUCAAGAGAACCUGAACAUUGGCUUCUUGACUGACAAUGACAAGAGGUACUCUGUGAAGAUUGUCAUCCCAGGAAGUAUCAUCCAAGACAACAAGAUCAAGAUUGGAUUCAAGUCUUUACUCCAGGAUAUCCAAGAACAAGGUGCUGGUGUGGAUGAUUACAAAGUCAAGGCCUACUACACAUGUGCACCCACUCCUGUGCCAACUACGCCUCCAACCAUUGUUCCCUCUAUUGCUCCAUCACCCCAAAUCACAUCACCACCAACACAAUUGAACUGUCAACCUGUGAUAGAAAACGUCAACCAAAGCUUUGAGGGUGACAGUGGAAAGAAACAAGCUGAGAAGUGGAGCUUUGAAGAUAAGAAAGGUUCCACUGCCGAAGGUGGUGGGUUCUCUAAGUUCCUGGGGAAGCUAGGUCAAGGCAAUGACAAGAUGUACCUCGAAACUGAUAUUGUCCCGAAGGCAAUUGGUGGUAAAGGCCCUGGGUUUGAAGCGUACCAAACAACAGUGGAGUUUUCUUUGUACCAGAUUGACAAGUGGGAGAAUUCUGAUGACACAAUCAUUGUUGAUGUUGAUGGUACAGAUGUGGACCUCCAAGUGAUGAAAGCUCCGACUGACCUCAACAAAUUGAGUGGCAAGACCACCAACGGAAUCACCUGGACCCGUCAGACCAUUCAAGAGAACCUGAACAUUGGCUUCUUGACUGACAAUGACAAGAGGUACUCGGUGAAGAUUGUCAUCCCAGGAAGCAUCAUCCAAAACAACAAGAUCAAGAUUGGAUUCAAGGUUUCUACCUCCAAGGAUAUCCAAGAACAAGGUGCUGGUGUGGAUAAUUACAAAGUCAAGGCCUAUUACACUUGUGCACCCACUCCUGUGCCAACUACACCUCCAACCAUCGUUCCCUCUAUUGCGCCAUCACCCAGGAUUACCCAAAAGCCUACUACACUGUGCUGUCAACCUGUCGUGGACAAAGUAUCUCAAGACUUUGAGGGUGACAGUGGAAAGAAACAAGCUGAGAAGUGGAGCUUUGGAGAUAAGAAAGGCUCAACAGCUGAAGGUGGUGGGUUCACUAAGUUCCUUGGGAAACUGGGACAGGGCAAUGACAAGAUGUACCUUGAAACUGCAAUCCCUGAGGAGUCAGAAGACUGUGUGGGCACCAAGUAUAAUGCAUACAAAACCACUGUAGAGUUCUUCUUGUACCAGAUUGACAAAUGGGAGAAUUCUGAUGACACAAUCAUUGUUGAUGUUGACGGCACAGAUGUGGACCUCCAAGUGAUGAAAGACCCAACCAGUCAGAACAAAUUGAGUGGCAAGACCUCUAAUGGAAUCACAUGGACCCGCGAGACCAUUCAAGAGAACAGGAACAUUGGCUUUCUUGGAGACAAUGACAAGAAGUACUCUGUCAAGAUUGUCAUUCCAGGAAGUCUCACUAAUGACUUGAAGCUCAAGAUUGGAUUCAAGGUUUCUGCCACGAACGAGAUCACUCAGCAAAGUGCUGGUGUGGAUGAUUAUGAAGUCAAGGCCUACUACACAUGUGCACCGUCACCUGUGCCAACCACCCUUCCAAGCACAGUUCCCUCCGCUGCUCCUUCACCCCCAGUCACACCAAAGCCCAGUAUUCUGUGUUGUCAGCCAGUCAUUGACAGAGUUGAUCAAAACUUUGAAGGUGAGGAAGGGAAGAAACAAGCCGAGAAAUGGAGUAAUGGAGACAAGAAAGGGUCAACAGCUGGAGGUGGAUUGCUCGCCAAUAUCCGCAACAAACUUGGACUAGGCAAUGAGAAGAAUCAACCUGAGAAAUUGAGUGAUGGAGAUACAAAAGCGUUGACAGCACAAGGUGGUGGGUUCACCACAUUUCUAGGAAAAUUUGGCCAGGGAAAUGAUAAAAUGUGCCUGGAAACUUCAAUACCGGCUGAGGCAGAUGACUGUAAGGACCCCAAGUAUGAUGCAUACAAGACAACUGUGGAGUUUUCUUUGUACCAGAUUGACAAAUGGGAGAGUUCUGAUGAUGCAAUCAUUGUUGUCCUUGACGGUACAGAGGUUAACCUCCAAGUGAUGAAAGACCCAACCAGUCAGAACAAAUUGAGUGGCAAGACUUCAAAUGGAAUUACUUGGAUUCGUGAAACCAUUCAAGAGAGGAACAUCGGCUUCUUGGAUGAUGAGGACAAGAAGUACUAUGUCAAACUGACCAUCCCAGGAAGCCUAACGGAAAAAGACAAGAAGAUUGAGGUAUGUUUCAAGGUUUCUGCCUCCAAGGAUAUCAAAGAACAAAGUGCUGGUGUGGAUGAUUACAAAGUCAAGGCAUACUACACAUGUGCACCAUCACCAGUGCCAACCACACCUCCAAGCUCUGCACCUUCAGCUUCUCCAAGCAAACCAAGCUACUCCCCAAGCAGCCCUUCAUCAAUGCAGCCUUCUCCAAUAUCAGAUGUACCCACUGGAAGCCCAAGCAGAUCACCGUCAUCCCCUCCAUCAAGAGUCCCUUCUGAAAGUCCAAGCAAAUCCUCCGACUCCCCAACUGAGAGCCCUAGUGAAGCUCCAAGUGAACCCCCAAGCAAACAAAGCUCCUCCCCAAGCAGGCCUUCUUCAAUGCAGCCUUCUCCAAUAUCAGAUGUACCCACUGGAAGCCCAAGCAGAUCACCGUCACCCCCUCCAUCAAGAGUCCCUUCUGAAAGUCCAAGCAGAUCUUCGGAUGCCCCAACUGAGAGCCCUAGUGAAGCUCCAAGUGAUGCUCCAAGUGAAGCCCCCAGCGACGCCCCCAGUGAAGCCCCAAGCGAAGUCCCCAGCGAAGCACCAAGUGAAGCACCAAGUGAAGCACCAAGUAAUUAUAGUACUUCACCAACCAGCCCACCAACACCGGAGCCACCCUCAUUCCCACCCUCAUCUGUACCAUCUGAGAGUCCCAGCAUACCACCUUCCAAAACCCCAUCUGUACCACCCUCAAGACCCCCCACCACAUCCCCGUCUACACCUCCUUCAAGGUCACCCACAAAAUAUCCAUCAAUGCCACCAAGCAGCUUGCCUUCCUCUGCCUACCCUAGUGCCCCACCCACAGAAUUACCAUCAACACCGCCAUCUGAUACACCGAGCCGGCCACCCUCCAUUCCGCCGAGUGACACCCCAACGCACAGUCCAAGCUUGCCUCCAAGUGAAACUCCAACAACAUCCCCAUCUAUUGAGCCAAGUGAAAGUCCAUCAAACCCACCAUCCUUGAAGCCUUCAGAGGAACCAUCAUCUCCACCAUCAGAGGUACCUACAAGAACUCCAAGUGCUCCACCCAGUCAAACACCCAGUAUCCCUCCAUCUUCCCCACCUACACCAACUCCCAGCAAACCUCCAACUACUCCGCCAUCUGAUAUACCAUCACAAAUUCCCAGUGCUCCACCAAGCGAUAACCCACAACACCACCAUCAGAAAAACCAUCAAAAGAACCAACUACACCCCCAUCAGAUGUCCCAACCCCUAGCCCUAGUUCACCACCAAGUGAAACUCCAUCAAUCCCACCAUCCUUAA